AUGGAGCUCCUACUGCCUGUCGUCUUCCUCCUCCUCCUUCCCUUACUGCUUGUCCCUUUGGCGUUCCUAGCGAGGAGGCCCCGCUGUCGGCAGACACCUCCCCUCAGUCUCCUGGUGGUGGCCGGCUCCGGUGGGCACACAACAGAAAUCCUGAGGUUACUUAGCUGUUUAUCAGAGUCAUACUCUCCAAGGCAUUAUGUUUUUGCAGACUCAGAUAAGAUGAGUGAAGCUAAAAUACGUUCUUUUGAACAAAAAAGGGCUGAAAUAUUCUCCAAUUCCCAGUAUGCAAAGUUCACCCUUGAUCGCAUUCCCAGGAGCCGUGAGGUUAGGCAGUCUUGGAUGUCCUCUGUGGGAACAACGCUCUAUUCCUUGCUUUACUCUCUUCCUUUGACCUACAGACUGCAACCAGAUUUGAUAUUGUGCAAUGGACCAGGAACAUGUGUUCCUGUCUGUAUAUCUGCUCUCCUUCUUGGGCUUCUCAGAAUAAAGAGAGCAGUCAUUGUGUAUGUGGAGAGCAUCUGCCGUGUGGAAACUUUAUCCUUGUCUGGAAAGAUUCUCUACUACUUGUCAGAUUAUUUCAUCGUUCAGUGGCCUGAGCUAAAGGAAAAAUACCCCAGGUCAGUGUAUCUUGGUCGAAUAGUGUAA